AUGGACUCUUCAUCAUCACCAUCACACGAGUCGCCUGUAUAUCAGUCAUCCCAGCCAGCAACAAGCACCCUGAGCCAUCGUCCCGCACCGGACCGUCCACCCGCUUCCUCUGGAUCGGCAUCUCCUCAAAUUGGAGAUGCCCCUAUCCCAGACGACGCUCAGGGGGCUGAUCUGCCCAUGAAUAUGACAGCUUCGGUCAUGCUCACCGGGUUGCCCCGCGAUGCGCACCAAGCACUUGCUGAUGUGGAGGUGAUCGAUGCUGGUAAAGUGACCGUCCGCUUUCAGCCUCUGCCAUCGGCACCGAUCCUGAAGAACCGCGUCUUCAAGAUCAGUGCAUCGCAAAAGUUUGAGACAGUGGUCAAGUUCCUCCGCAAAAAGCUGGACUGCAAAGAUACCGACUCAGUUUUUUGCUACGUGAACAGUGUGUUCGCACCCGGCCUGGAUGAAGGCGUGGGUGGGCUUUGGCGAUGUUUCAAAACAGAUGAUCAAUUGAUUGUCGCCUACUCUAUGACGCCAGCGUUUGGGUGA